UAUACUUUUCGAAACACAAAAUUGAAAAACCCUCAAUUUUUAUUCACCCCACACACUGAAAAACACACACAGAAAACAAAACCCUUGCGGCGGAGAUGGAUCCAGAUGCGGUGGCCAAAGCGUUCGUCGAACACUACUACUCAACCUUCGAUACUAAUCGUGCCGGAUUAGCUAACCUCUAUCAGGAUUCCUCUAUGUUGACUUUUGAAGGUCAAAAAAUACAAGGAUCUACUAACAUCGUUGCUAAGCUGACGUCACUCCCCUUCCAACAGUGCAAGCACAGCAUCACUACCGUUGACUGUCAGCCAUCUGGUCCUUCUGGCGGUAUGCUUGUUUUUGUUUCCGGUAACCUCCAACUCGCCGGCGAACAACAUGCUCUUAAGUUCAGUCAGAUGUUCCAUCUAAUGCCGACUCCGCAGUCAAGCUUUUACGUUCUCAAUGACAUUUUCCGGUUGAACUAUGCCUAAGCCUUGAAGUCAUAUCAUUGGUGGAUUACUGUAUUGUCCUUGGAGAAGACAUACUGAAUUGUCCUUGGAGAAAACAUCUAGUUGUUCAUUGUUUAGAUUUUCCUCCUUUAUCCAAAAAAUUGUUUAGAUUUUUUCUAUUGGUAUUUUGUCAAAACUAAAAAGUGCACUCUCAUGGGUUUCGGAAAGAGAUACAUGAUACAAUGAUGCUUAUUCUAUCUUGGAGAAUUGCUUUGGUGUGUUUAGAAGGGAUCAUAUAUUAAAUGUGCCUGUUUUUGUC